GGGGGGGGAGGGUAGGAGAGGGGACGGGUGUGACUAAUUGUCACAGAAGGCCCCCCCUCCUCAAAUCCCUUCUUAGGAAAUGUCCUCAGUUUCACCSACUACGACAUCCCUCUAAAAUAGCACUAGAGGUGGGGCAGCUAUUGUCUUCAGGCCACUGUCCCUUUUCCAAUACCUCCUAAUCCCCACUCCUAUCGGGUUCCCUGGGGCCUGUCACCAGACAAAAGAAGACAGCUGUGUGAGGGGGCGGCCUGCAGCCUCGGUGCCAGGCUGGGGCCACACCUCCACACCAGGUCCCCCAGCCCUCCUCCCUGAGGCCCAGGCGCCCAGCCUCCGCUCCCGCCCCAGGCCCCGGUGCCCAGACCCAGCCUCUUCCUAGAGGACCCCGCUCCACUGGCCGCUUCCCUCUGGUCUUAGGUCACACCAGGAUGUCGGACACCGAAGAGCAGGAAUACGAGGAGGAGCAGGCGGAAGAGGAGGAGGCGGCGGAGGAGGAGGAAGCCCCCGAGGAGCCGGAGCCGGUGGCAGAGCGAGGUAACGCGGCUGCUCCGCUUCCCGAGGCCGCGCGACGUCCUCGGCGCCUGCACCCGCCGCCCCUGCACCCCCAGCUCCGGCCCCGCAGCCCCAGCUCCCGCCCCGCAGCCCCAGCUCCCGCCCCGCAGCCCCAGCUCCCGCCCCGCAGCCCCAGCUCCCGCCCC